GUGAUACCUGCUGACCAAGAACAAUGGGUCCCAAAAGGCCAAAUUAUAAAUGGAGCAGACACUAUCAACAACGAAGGUGAAUCUGCAGGGUUGGGGUUUACUCCUUUUUCAGUAGGAUAUAAAGUUUUCGUAGACAUCAAGAUGAGAUGCCGCAAAAUUCCAUAUCUGUGCCUUCUCCAUCUUCAGAUGCUCCUCAGUCUUCGUCGGCACCUGAACUGCCAGGGUUCUACUAUGAUCCAGAAAAGAAUCGUUAUUUCCGCAUGCUCCCAGGGCACAAUAACUGCAACCCUCUUACAAAAGAGCUCCUACAGCAAAAAGAGAUGGAAUGUAAGAGGCUAAAGAUGCUUGAAGAGGAGAAGACUAGGAAAAAAUCCACCAGACCUGGAUUAAAUGCUACCAUGCUUGUACUGAAGAGAAAUAUCGGAAAAGUACCCGUUACAACGUACUGCCGUUUUACACACGAGCUGAAAGCAGCCUGCAUGAGACGAAAGAAGGUGUCUAUUAAAUACCCAGAACCUGUUGGAGGAGGGGCUCACAGAUUUGAAUUCAUCCUGGCAGAUUCAAGCAACAAGAGGAUAUUUGCAGUUAAUGACACAGAGAAUGGUUUCUACAGAUACGGACUUGUGAGUCUCAGUGGUCUGUGGAAGGAUAUACCAACAGUCGAGAGUCACGACAACCCACACUCCACAAAUCACAAGGUCAUGUCUGCCUGUUGGGCAUCGCUGACUGCUCCAGAUUCCCACCUUCUCGUUUGCCUUCUAGGAAAGCCACAGACACAAGACAGUGUUAGCCUUAUUCCAACAUCUUUAUUCAGAAACGUGUCCUCAGACUAUGAUCAUGACUAUCCUGAAAUGCUUUACAACAUCAAAGCUUCUAACCCGUGGACAUGUGCAUGGUGCGCAAACCCUCAGCUGGCCAAUACUUAUGCAGCGGGACUAAAAGAACAAAUUUUGGUCAUGAAUGCUGUCACAGAUUAUCGGAGAACAUUUAGGACAUUUAGCGAUACAUUGGCUCAACAAUUCGCCACACAGACUUUACUGCUGUACAAUGGCUGUCGUUCUGGAGAGGUUUUCUCUAUUGACCUCCGUGUGCCGGCCACCCCAUCAAACUGGAAGAAGGCAGCGUCUUUCAAGCACAGUUCUGGUGUCACCUCCUUGCGUCUUCUCCAGGAUGAGAACUAUUUGAUUGUGGCAGACAUGUCUGGGGAGAUUAAAAUGUGGGAUGUGAGAAUGACUAAACCUGUGAAGCACUACGAAGGCCAUAACAACAGUUAUGCUUUGUUGCCUUUGCAUGUAAAAGAAGAUGAAGGAUUACUGCUAGCAGUUGGCCAGGAUUGCUUCACACGUAUUUGGAACCUUCAGGAUACCAAGCUACUGAGGACCAUUCCUUCACCGCACCCAGCAGCCAAAGACUCCAUACCAAGCGUGGUUUUCUCUCAUCAGCUUGGAGGUCCACGACAAAUGGCUCCAGGCCUGCUUAUGGCUGUGAAGAGCGAGCUGUACUACUUUACGUAUGAUUCCGGUACAUUUUAAUUUGAACUUUAAAGCUCCAAGCUGUAAAAAAUGAGUUCUCUUGUUACGACCAUAUAUUAAGGAUUAGACGUUUUCUAAACCACCAGCUCAAAAAGACAAUUGUGUAAGUCCAUGGGGAAGACUUUGUCUACUGGUAUGCAAGUGAGAAUCUUGUUUUUGUAAUGGGAAAUGCGGAAAACAAAACUAAACACUCUACAGUAAGUUUGUCCAAAUUGAGCUUCUAAACACGUGCAAGGUACAUCCUGGAUUGUGAAUUUGGCAUGUUCCAUUUAUUGCCACCGCCUGUUAUAAAAGCCCCUAUGACAUUACGUGAUUAUAAUAUAACUGUCUAGCUUAUUUAUUAUUCAUCUUAAAUUGUCUUUAUUGUGUAAUGCUUAUUUUGCAGAAUUGUCAUGCUUC